UCCAUUCCAUGUGGUUGCGUUGCGCUGUUUUGUUUGACUAGCAAUUAGCACAGCACAGGAGCAGGGUAAUUAUUAUAUUAAUUAAUUUUGUAAUUAAGGGUCAAGAACAGCAAUUCAGGAAGUGGAGUCCCCUCAAUUCCAGUUCCCUUGUUCCUCUUCCUUCGUCCCCCAGUCCAGUUCCCUCUCGCUCCCAGUCCCAGUGGAUUCUAGUAUUCUAUUCUGUUCCACCAUUGCUGCCUUCCCCCGAAUCUCCUCGUCAAGGUCAAGCCAACGCUCCGCUCCUCACAACGCGGCCUCCACGCGAAAUGCCCAGCACCGCCUAAAUUAUAGCUUCUCACUCGUCGUCGUCGUCGUCGUCAGGCAGAUCAGAUUCGGAGCAACCAAGCCAGCCAGCGAGCUCAAGAAUCACCACCGUACUACCAACCACUACCAUCCGAGGAGGAUUGGAAUUGGAACAGAGGAUCCGUCCUCCAUCUCUCACCCAUGGGCAGCUACAAGUACAAGUACUGCAUGUGUUUCACGCGCAAGUUCAGAUCCCCGGACGCCCAGCCGCCGCCCGACGUCCGCGCCGCCUACCUCUCCUUCAACUCCGACGUCCACGCCCUCCGUCGCUUCCUCUCCCAGGCGCAGGCCGAGCACCCCGCCGACGUCGACCGCAUCCUCGCCCUGCUCACGGCCGCCUCGGGGGGACAUGGCAUCGCCCGCCUCGUCACCAGGUCGCCGGCGCCGGCCAUGCCCACGCUCGAGGACUUCUUCGCCUUCCUCUUCUCGCCGGAACUCAACCCGCCCUUGCCUCACCAGGUUCACCAGGACAUGUCUGCCCCGCUCUCUCAUUAUUUCAUAUUCACCGGACAUAAUUCCUACCUAACUGGGAACCAGCUCAAUAGUGACUCCAGCGACAUCCCAAUUAUAAAAGCAUUGCAGAGAGGUGUUAGAGUCAUUGAACUCGAUAUGUGGCCAAAUUCUUCAAAGACCAAUGUCGAUAUUCUUCAUGGAGGGACAUUGACUGCGCCAGUAGAAAUGAUCAGGUGUUUGAAGUCCAUUAAAGAAUAUGCCUUUUGUGCAUCACCAUAUCCGCUUGUCAUCACUCUUGAGGAUCACCUUACACCAGAUCUCCAAGCCAAAGUAGCUAAGAUGCUCACUGAAACAUUCGGAGAUCUACUUUUCGUACCUAGUUCAGACCCAAUGAAAGAGUUCCCCUCUCCAGCAGCUCUGAUGAAGAGAAUAAUCAUCUCGACUAAACCCCCACAAGAGUACAAGGAGUUCCUCAAAGUUAAGGAUAACCAAAAUGGCAGUGGAAAUAUAGCUGAUUUGCCAGACACAGGAAGCCUAAGAAGAGUAGAUUCAAAUGCUGAUAACCAAAAUGGCAGUGGAAAUCUAGCUGCAGACAUGGGAAGCCUAAGAAGAAUAGAUUCAAAUGCUGAUGAAUCUGAUGGAAAGGAUGAGCUGGAUGAACUGGAUGAGGAAGAUUCCGACGAGGAUGAUCCAAAAUUUCAGCAGGACACUGCCUGUGAGUAUAGGAAACUGAUCACCAUCCAAGCUGGCAAACCGAAAGGCCAUUUGCGGGAUGCGCUAAAGGUGGAUCCAGAAAAAGUCAGGCGGCUUUCUUUGAGUGAGACACAGUUAGCUAAAGCAACAACUUCUCAUGGUGCUGAAGUCAUAAGGUUCACCCAGAAUAAUAUACUCCGUGUGUAUCCAAAGGGCACGAGGGUUAAUUCUUCAAACUAUGAUCCAAUGAAUGCCUGGACUCAUGGUGCUCAGAUGGUUGCAUUCAACAUGCAGGGGCAUGAUAAAGCGCUCCGGCUGAUGCAAGGAUUUUUCAGAGCCAAUGGGGGCUGUGGAUAUGUUAAAAAACCUGACUUCUUGCUAAGGACAGGUCCAAACGGGGAAGUAUUCGACCCCAAAGGUAGUUUGCCAGUGAAGAAAACUCUCAAGGUAAAAGUAUAUAUGGGAGAUGGGUGGCGCAUGGAUUUCAGCAAGACUCAUUUCGAUGCUUUUUCGCCUCCAGAUUUCUAUACCAGGGUAGGGAUUGCCGGAGUGAAGGCGGACACUGUGAUGAAGAAGACAAGGGUGAUCGAAGACCAGUGGGUGCCGGUGUGGGACGAGGAGUUCACGUUCCCUCUGAAGGUGCCGGAGCUGGCCCUCCUGAGGAUAGAGGUGCAGGAAUACGACAUGUCGGAGAAGCACGACUUUGGGGGACAGACGUGCCUGCCGGUGUGGGAGCUGAAGCAGGGCAUCCGUGCUGUACCCCUGCACGACCGCAAGGGCAACAGGUACAAAUCGGUUAGGCUGCUUAUGCGCUUCGAUUUUUUCUAGCUAGCGGCCUACCUGCACAAAAAAACAUUCAGAUUCAGUCAGGCAGAGUGUUGUUCUUUUACAUCUACUUGUGUGAGUGUGUUUAUUACAGGGAAAUCAAGCUAUGUAGUAUGAGUUAGGAGUAGUGUGUGUGUGUGUGUGUGUGUGGUAUAGGCUAGAGUGCACCCAUUAUGUUCAAUUCUUGCGUACAUCAAUCAGUGUGUAUGUAUGUACUGAUUUUGUCGGAAUAAAAGCUGUAUGUAAAGAAGGAGCAGAUCAACCGAGCAA